GCAUGUGCUUAUAAAAGGAGUGUGGGUGUGUAGAAAAUAGAGUAACGGGGACAUUUGAAGCCAGUCGUACUGUUGUCAGAGACGAUGAAGAUGUUUCACAUACUGAGUGUCGUGUUUGCUGUCACUCUCCUAGCGAGAGGUUGUGAUGCACAACUUUCAGUAUGUGGCAGGCCUACAUUAUCCACUAAAAUAGUAGGAGGACAGAAUGCUGCUACUGGUGCUUGGCCGUGGCAGGUCAGUCUUCAUGGGAGCUCUGGACAUUUCUGUGGUGGAUCACUCAUCAACAAUGAAUGGGUCCUGACAGCCGCUCACUGCUUUUCCAGUACUUCAACUGCAUCCCUGACUGUGUACCUGGGCCUACAGACACAGUCAGGAUCAAAUCCAAAUUCAACCAGCCGCACGGUCUCUCAAAUCAUAAAGCAUCCAGACUACAACAGCAACACUCAUGACAAUGACAUCACUCUUCUGCAUCUGUCUUCACCUGUAAAUUUUACUGACUAUAUAAAACCAGUCUGUCUGGCCGCAGAAGGCAGCACGUUCUACAGCGGCACAUCGAGCUGGGUCACUGGAUGGGGAAAUAUUGCCGCUGAUGUUCCUCUGGGUUCACCACAAACUCUUCAGGAAGUAAAUGUGCCUGUCAUUGGAAACAAAAAGUGCAACUGCGCUUAUAACAAUGAUAUUACAAACAACAUGAUGUGUGCUGGACUAGAACAAGGGGGGAAAGACUCCUGCCAGGGUGACUCGGGUGGACCAAUGGUAAGCAAACAGAACUCAGUCUGGAUCCAGUCUGGGAUCGUAAGCUUUGGCAUAGGAUGUGCUCAAGCUCAGUUUCCUGGUGUGUAUACCCGAGUUUCUAAGUACCAGAGUUGGAUCAACCAAUCUAUCAGCACCAACCAGCCAGGAUUCAUUACGUUCACCUCCAAUGGUACUGACAGUGACCUAAGCGUCAGCUGUACCAGUGUACCUGCCACUGCUGCACCUGUAACUGUUACGACCCCUGCACCUGUGGUGUGUGGACAGGCCAAACUGAACACUCUUGAUGGAGAAGGUAACUCGCUCGCAUCUUCUGGUGCAUGGCCUUGGAUGGCCAGUCUACAAUUUAACGGCAGUCACGUCUGUGGAGGAACGAUGGUUGCCGAGCGGUUUGUCAUGACCACUGCCAGCUGUUUUACCAGAUCAACAAAUGCAUCCCAGUGGACUGUGAUCCUGGGCCGUUUGAAUCAAAACAGUUCCAACCCCAAUGAGGUCUACGUACAAGUCGCCAACAUCACCAUCAGCAAUUUGACAGGUGACAACAUUGCUGUCGUGCAGCUGGCCAGCGCACCAAAACUCUCAGAUUAUAUUCAACCGAUAUGUGUGGACCUGGGAGGUACUACCUUCAACGUUAAUGCUACAUGCUGGACGGCAGGCUGGGGUUCAGGAUCAGGAGGAGUUACUCAAACCCUUCAACAAAUUCAAACCACUGUUGUGAAUUGUGGGAACUCAUCUUCAAACAGCAGUAUAUGUACAACUGCCAUGAACUUACAGGAGGGUCAUCAGGGUGGUCCUCUGAUGUGUAAGCAAGGUCUGUCAUGGAUCCAGGCUGCUGUUGUGACGAUACAAAACAACAGCACUAACACAAGCGUCAGUAACUCCACAGUAGCGAGCCGGUCCGGUCGCGCCCCAGGUAUCCAGACCUUCACUAAAACCUCAAUUUUUUCAUCAUUCCUGAAAGCUGUGGUGGGUUCUUUUCCCCCAAAACAAACAAACAGCACAAAUGCAACUGUAGGAACCACACCGAGUUCCUCCACCAGCGUGUCCCCAUUUUCUUUAUGUUUUACAACUGCACUCCUGUUUUCACUUACAGCGCUCCAGAUCUUUCAUUAUUCUGAGUUGGAACAUCAUCUGUUUUUUUAUUCUUUACAUUCUCCACCAAAGAAUCUCGCUGCAUUACGUAAGACUGUAUUUUAUUGUCGAGGUGUGCCUAUGGUAAGUCAAGCUUUAAUGAAGGGAGGUGUGGAAAUGCCAGGCUGCAGGGAAUAUAUAAGCUCAAACACCAAUGAUAAAGUCAGAAAGAUGAAGAUGUUAAGGAAACUGACAUUGGUCUUUGUGGUCACUCUCCUUUAUAAAGGGUGUGACUGCCAGCUGGAUGUGUGUGGCAGAGCUCCUCUCAACACUAAAAUAGUGGGGGGACAGGAAUCUCAAGUCGGUGCUUGGCCAUGGCAGAUUAGUUUCCACCUCAAAGGAUUUGGCCACAUCUGUGGCGGAUCACUCAUCAACGCUCAAUGGGUUCUGACAGCAGCUCACUGCGUUGUAGGUAAUCUUGAUCCUACAGGUUAUUUGGUGUAUCUGGGCCGACACAGUCAGGAACUAGCUAACCCAUUUGAGGUGGUCAGGAACGUAUCUCAGAUCAUAGCGCAUCCAGCCUACGACGCAAUGUCUAAAGACAAUGACAUGGCUCUUCUUCAGCUCUCCGCACCUGUCAGCUUCACAACACACAUCAGUCCGGUUUGUCUGGCAGCAGACGGAAGCAUAUUCGGCAAUGGCACAGACAUGUGGUUGACAGGUUGGGGCGACAUACAGUCCGGUGUGUCUCUUCCAUCACCUCAAAACCUGCAGGAGGUAGAUGUUCCCAUAGUUGGAAAUGGAAUGUGUAACUGCCUUUAUGGAGCAGGAAAGAUAACAAGCAACAUGAUUUGUGCUGGACUAAUGCAAGGUGGAAAAGAUACAUGCCAGGGGGAUUCGGGUGGUCCAAUGGUCAUCAAACAGGGCCCUGUUUGGAUUCAGUCUGGUGUUGUGAGUUUUGGUGAGGGUUGUGCCUUGCCUAACUACCCCGGUGUGUAUUCCAGAGUUUCUCAGUAUCAGAGCUGGAUCAGUGACUAUGCCGGAUCAGUUGGUUUCGUCAGUGCUAUGUUCGGCCUCCCUGAUGACCAGACCAAUGUGACUUGUAAUAAUCCACCAACCCUGUGUGGAGGACAAAGUAGCUUUUUUACAGGUGACUGGUCAAUGAUGGCAAGUCUACGCUUUUUUGGUUCCCCUACAUGCAUGGGAACUUUGAUCGCUCCAAAUUAUGUCCUGACCUCUGCAAGCUGCUUUACCGGAGCCAUGAUGCCAUUUCAGUGGACGGUGACGGUUGGCUUUGUCCCAGGGGACUGUACUAACAGCAUGGAGAUUACUUACAGCGUAGCGCAAAUCAUCAUCAGUCCAAAUUCAAACAACGACGUGGCGCUUGUGGAACUGGCUUACGCAUCACAAUUACCAUACUACAUUAACACUGCAAAUAUCAAUGUGUAUGGUUAUGACUUUCCACCCGGUACUGAGUGUUCAGUAGUGGGUUGGAAUGGCAUGAUGCCUGGUCUUGAGGAAUUCCAGACAGUUAUUGUACCCUGCAAUAAUCCUUAUAUCAACUCUGAGCUCAACAUCUGCACAACCCCUGUGAACGUACAGCAGGAUGAUCAAGGCAGUCCCCUGAUGUGUAGACUGGGUGAAAUGUGGGUUCAGGCUGGCGUUUUGUCCUUGGACUACAUAUUUGGCGAAAACGUUCAAGUCUUCCGGAAGACAUCUCAAUUUACCCCCUUCGUGUAUGAAAAUGUUAACAACAUCCCAUCUGUUUGGGGUGGAGUGGAGUCCUUCUCUCCUCUUUCUCUGACCUUCGUCCUUCUCCUCUCUCUGCCAGCAAUCCUGCAGGCUUUGUAUUGAAGCUGAGCUACCUGUAACUUUAGUUCUUACUAGAGCCAAAGAAUGGCCCAGUUGACAAUAAUGAUAAAUAAUGACACAAUCUAAGCUAUUUGCUCAUAUGUUAGAAAUUUAGCUAUUGAUUUUUUCAAACUAAAUCUCUAUUUUAAUAAAUAAAGGUCAUUAAAAUGCAACCAUUACACUGUGCAUAUUUUAAAUAAACAAACUCCAAAAAAGUUUUCCUUGCAAAUA